CCUUUUCUCUCUCAUCCCAUUCUACUUAUCUCUCCAACUUCACACUUAUUAUUGACACAAUUCCACUCUCUCUCUAAAUCCACACCUAUAUUCAUGCGCGAUUGUUGAUGUUCUUGCCGACGCUCCGUUCAAUAACUGUUUUCAAUCCGGAUCUGGUUGGAUCGAUUAGUUGGAGAAGAUUAAUAGGCUGGUCAAAGAGUUAUAGCUGGUUUUUCUCGUUAUGAGAUUCUAUUUGUAGAAGGUAGAAACUGAUAUUGAAGUUCAUUGAUAGCGUGAACAAACUGAACCACGUAUGAUGAUGAGGGGAAGAUCGGAUGAAUCGCAAAAGAAGCGUUUGGUGGCUUCUGUUUGUGUUGUAGGAGCCUUUUUUAUUUUUCUGUACUUUUAUUUUGGCUCUGUAAACAAUGGUGAGUCAGCACUGGAGUUUGGGAGUCGAUCUUUGAGGAAACUUGGCUCAUCUUUGGGUGGAGAUGAAGAAACUGAAAUUAGCUCCUCAACAAAGCUUGGGCUUGAUGAAGAAGAUGAUUCAACCCUUCCAAAGAGCUUCCCUGUGUGUGAUGAUAGGCAUUCAGAGUUAAUUCCAUGCUUAGACAGACAUCUCAUAUACCAAUUGAGAUUGAAGCUGGAUCUUUCACUGAUGGAGCACUAUGAAAGGCAUUGUCCUCCUGCAGAAAGACGAUUCAACUGUUUGAUACCUCCCCCACAAGGAUACAAGGUCCCUAUUAAAUGGCCAACAAGUAGAGAUGAAGUCUGGAAAGCUAAUAUACCACAUACUCACCUUGCUAAGGAGAAGUCUGACCAAAACUGGAUGGUCGUGAAAGGUGAAAAGAUUGUAUUUCCUGGUGGAGGCACUCAUUUUCACUAUGGAGCUGACAAGUACAUUGCUUCAAUGGCAAAUAUGCUAAACUUUUCGGAGAAUAUUUUGAACAACGAAGGAAGAAUAAGAACAGUUCUUGAUGUUGGGUGCGGUGUUGCUAGUUUUGGUGGCUAUCUUCUUUCAUCAAACAUCAUAACAAUGUCCCUUGCACCAAAUGAUGUGCAUCAAAAUCAGAUCCAGUUUGCCUUGGAAAGAGGAAUUCCAGCGUAUCUAGGGGUUCUAGGAACAAAGAGGCUUCCAUACCCUAGCAGGUCAUUCGAACUUGCUCACUGUUCCCGCUGUAGAAUUGAUUGGCUUCAAAGGGAUGGGAUCCUCCUCCUCGAACUGGAUAGAGUACUUCGUCCUGGAGGCUACUUUGCAUAUUCAUCUCCGGAGGCAUAUGCACAGGAUGAAGAAGAUCUCAAGAUUUGGAGAGAGAUGAGUGCGCUUUUGGAACGCAUGUGCUGGAAAAUUGCUUCGAAAAGGGAUCAAACUGUCAUUUGGAUUAAACCUUUGACAAAUGAUUGUUACUUUAAUAGGGAACCUGGCACUAAACCUCCUCUUUGUAGCACUGAAAAUGAUCCAGAUGCUGUCGCUGGUGUGCUGAUGGAAUCUUGCAUCACCACUUAUUCUGACCAUGAUCAUAGAACUGGAGGUAGUGGGCUUGCUCCUUGGCCCGCUCGAUUAACUUCACCUUCUCCACGUCUUGCUGAUUUGGGAUAUUCCAAUGACAUGUUUGAAAAGGAUGUGGGAAUUUGGAGAAGGAGAGUUGAUCAAUAUUGGAACCUUUUGAGUCCGAAAAUAGAGUCAAAUAGCUUGAGGAACUUAAUGGACAUGAAGGCAAAUCUGGGAUCAUUUGCAGCUGCAUUAAAGGAUAAGGAUGUGUGGGUGAUGAAUGUCGUCCCUGAAGACGGACCUAACACACUUAAAAUCGUCUACGACAGAGGCCUGAUUGGUUCUGUUCAUAACUGGUGUGAGGCUUACUCGACAUACCCUAGAACAUACGACCUUCUCCACGCCUGGACUAUUUUAUCGGACAUAAUGAAGAAAGGAUGUAGCGGGGAAGACCUUCUAAUUGAGAUGGAUCGAAUCCUAAGGCCAACAGGUUUCAUCAUCAUACGAGACAAACAGCCGGUUAUAGAAUUUGUGAAGAAGCAUCUGGCAGCAAUGCAUUGGGAAUCUGUGGCCACAGCAGAUUCCGACGAUGAUAGCGAUGAAACCGUGUUGAUUAUUCAAAAGAAGCUAUGGCUAACCAGCAGUAGCUUGAAGGAUUCCGAGUAAUAAUCAAACCCGAAAAAGGGUAAACAUGCACUUAUAUCGUCAUGGUUUUCACUUUGUGUACCAUUAAUUUGUUAUUGUUUUUAUUUUAUUUAUGUCGGAUAAUUAAAGUUGAUACAGAUAUUAUUCCAUUUUUUGAGGGGGCGAGAUUUCCAUAUUUGGAUCUUGUGGAUAGACAUUUUAGUGAAUGUUAUUGUAUAAGAAGAAUAUGCUUAUUAAGUUUAAAUGAGAUUAUUUGUAAUUUUAAGUAGA